UUUUUCCCCUGUGGGUUGGCACCAUCACCGCCUGUGUGCUGCUGUCCUCUGUGAUCGUCUGGUCCUCCGCACACCCGUACUGGGGCCACUGCAGCUUCCUCUGGAACUAUGCUGGAGAAGGUCCUCACUUUUCUCUUCCCGAACCUCACCUCCAAAGGAAGCCCCCCUGAAGGAGGAGAUGAGAAGGAGACAGGGGGAUUCUGCAUGCCCCCCAUGCAAGGGGAGAGCUGCAUUGAGGACUUCAAGGUCCUCAACCUCCUUGGCAAAGGCUCUUUUGCCUGCGUCUACAGGGCACAGUCUAUCAACACUGGCAUCGAGGUUGCCAUAAAGAUGAUAGACAAAAAAGCCAUGCAAAAAGUUGGGAUGGUGCAAAGGGUCAGGAACGAGGUGGAAAUACAUUGCCAGUUAAAGCACCCCUCGAUUUUGGAGCUUUAUAACUAUUUUGAAGAUAGCAAUUACGUAUAUCUGAUUCUUGAAAUGUGCCACAAUGGUGAAAUGAACCGGUUUUUAAAGAAUAGAAAGAAGCCUUUUUCAGAGAAAGAAGCCCGGCACUUUAUGGAACAGAUUGUCAAGGGGAUGCUCUAUCUUCAUUCUCAUGGAAUUUUGCACCGGGAUCUUACACUCUCUAAUCUCCUGCUCUCUAAUGACAUGAACAUCAAAAUUGCAGACUUUGGUUUAGCGGCUCAGUUGAAAAUGCCAAACGAGAAGCACUUCACCAUGUGCGGAACCCCCAAUUACAUAGCUCCAGAAAUUGCCACUCGCAGCGCUCAUGGCCUUGAAUCUGAUGUCUGGUCUUUGGGCUGCAUGCUGUACACGUUUCUGGUGGGACGACCUCCGUUUGACACGGACACGGUAAAGAAUACAUUGAAUAAGGUUGUGUUGGCAGACUAUCAGAUGCCCAACUUUGUUUCGAGGGAAGCCAAAGAGCUUAUUUUUCAGUUGCUCCGUAAAAACCCAGCAGACAGAUUGAGUCUUUCGUCUGUACUGGACCACCCAUUCAUGAUUGGCUAUUCUGUCCGAAGUGAUGAUAUGAGGACAGUGGAAGACUCCAUUGAUAGUGGGCAUGCCACAAUUUCCACAGGUUUUACUGGAUCUUCUGGAAUCAGUGUUAAUAGCCGCGUGCAGGAAAAACGAUUCACUUCCGUCCCCUCUCUUCCCAGCAAAAUCGAUGUCUAUCACUUUAAAGACAAGCGCUCUAGUGAUUCCAUGUCAGUAGAUGGAGGUAGCUUCUAUAACGGGCAGAAAGAGAGCUAUGAAUUUGCUGAUGGGAGAGGAAGAAAAGCAGUUGUGGAAGACAGACCGCAUUCGCGCUACCUCAGACGCGCUCACUCCUCGGACAGAUCUGCUAAUACCCGUAGCCAGGCUCCGAAUAAACCCAGCAGUUUUACAGAAAGAUGCCACUCUGUCGAAACGCUUGUCAAACCCGGACAAAUGGCCAGUUACCGGAAUUCUACCUCUUCUCCUGCCAACAGCUGUGGAGAUAUUCCUCGCGUGUUCGCAGACAGAGCAGCUCAUAAUUCAGGCUCUCUAGACAGAUAUACCUCUCCUCCGGUUAAAGACAAAACUUCUUCUGAGUUCCUUUGUCCCUCAAAGCCGGGGGCUCCAAAACUGGAUGAAAAGUGCCAAGCGGAAACUGUCCAGCAAUGGUUUGGUGCCAUGCAGCUAAACGGUCAAAUAAGAAAGCCAUCAGACGUAAGCAGCAUUAGUAAUCAAGGUGGAGAUUUCUAUGCACAGCCAGGCAUGCGGCUGGGAGGCCAACAACAUCCUUGGAAUGAUGUUAAAACGAAGAAAGGCACAGACGGCUCUUUUGAAAGUGGUCCGAGAGGGCAAAGAAAACCACUUGGUCCUGACCAUCAAAAACCUGACCCGUCUCGGCCAGACUAUGCUUUCAGUGAUCGCAAACCUAGGAUACCCCAGCAAACGGGUCACCGCAGCUUACGAAGCAUCAUCGAACCGCUUAAUUCAGGCAGACUGAAGCCAAUACGGCAGAAAACCAAGAAUGCUGUGGUGAGCAUCCUGGACAAUGGAGAUGUCUGCAUGGAGUUUAUAAAGGAGCACAAUUCCCAAGAGCGUGUUAAAGAGGUCCUGCGUAUCUCCUGUGACGGGAAUCUGAUAUAUGUUUAUCAUCCCAAUGAAGGCAGAGGGUUUCCUUUGGUUGACCGACCUCCAUCGCCACCGGAAACCAUGUUAAGUUUCACUUUUGACAGUUUACCAGACAAAUACUGGAAAAAGUAUCAGUAUGCAUGUAAGUUUAUACAACUUGUAAGAUCCAAAACACCCAAAGUUACCUACUACACCAGAUAUGCAAAGUGCAUGUUGAUGGAGAAUUCCCCCAACGCUGAUGUGGAAGUUUGCUUUUAUGAUGGGGCAAAAAUCCACAAGACUGCCGAUAUGACCAGAGUGAUAGAAAAAUCCGGGAAGUCUUAUACAAUAAAAGAAGGGAGUCUGGCAACUGUCCUGAGCGAUGAAGCACAAUCUUAUGUGGACCAUGCCAAUGAGAGCCACCGAUUGUGCCUCUCCUUGGAAUCUACAAUUACCGUGGAGGAAAAAAAGGGUGAAAAUGUCUCAUUAUUCCCCAUAACAUUUGGCAGGAAACCGACUAGCACAGAGUCUCCAAAACCUACAGCACAGCAUUUCUCCUACGGACAACAUAAAGAACAGAGCCCUGGCAAUGGGGUACCGGCUGGCAGCAAACAUUCUCCAAACCAGAUUUUGAGCAUUAAUCCUUCUAUGUUAUCGUAUGAGGGAUCUGUAUUCUCAACCCAUACAGGACCUUCUGCCAAUGCAACAAAAAUGCACACUCCUGAUCCUGGUCAAGUCCUAAAAUCAGUUUUUGUUAAAAACGUGGGCUGGGCUUCCCAGCUGAACAGUGGGGCUGUAUGGGUCCAGUUCAACGAUGGGUCACAACUGGUAGUUCAGCCAGGAGUCUCCUCUAUCAUUUAUACAGCACCUAAUGGACAGGUGACAAGCCAUGGUGAAAAUGACAAGCUUCCAGAGUAUAUUAAAGACAAACUUCAGUGCCUGUCUUCCAUCCUGAUGCUGUUUGCUAAUUCUUCAAGCCACCAAUAAAAUUCACAAAGCACUCUCAACGUGAUCCAUCGCUUUGUAAUAUAGCUCUUGUGUAUAUAGGAUGUAUCUUUAAGAUGAAUAAGUCUUAGCCUUCUGCAACCUGCUUGAGAUGUGUACAACCCGCAAACUGGUUUUAAGGGAAACGGCAAGAUGAUUUUUUUUUUCAAUUUUGGACUGAAGGAAAAAACCAACCAUGUGUCGCUGUAGUGCCCAUGGUUGUUAGUUUCUUAAGAGCCCCUUUUUUCUAGCCAUUUAUUAAUAAUGUCUUGUCAUUUAAAGCUGUCCAUGAGCGUAUGUUUCCUUUUUUAUUACCCGUUUGUAAAUGUAUGCAUAUCUGUACCUGUAAAUGUUGUAUGUUCUGUAAUAUGUAAAGUAUAUUUUUUUAUAUGUAACCUGUUAAUUUAUAGCAUAUUUUUUUGAUUAAAUAUCCCUGCAAAACACUCUAAAUAAUAAAUGCAGUGAUUAGCUCA